CCGCUCUUCCGCUUUGAACGUGUCAUUUUAGGCUGGAGGAUAGACUUUGGAGACUUAUGAGCAGGAGGUAUAGCGGGGCAGUAGAUCCACGAGUUCCUCUCUCUGUCCGGGCCGAGAAGGCGAUGCCGGCGCCUUCGUCCCGUAAAUGUUCCCGGGCUUCUGUUUACUUUAACCGCAAGGGGUCGGCGGACCGUGACCGUUACGCAGCGCGCGGCGGCUGGGCCUUCCAUUCCCUUUUAAGGCAUCGGCUCAUCCGUUGCGCUUCUCCGAGCCUCGUGGCCGGUAGAGAGAGACAAGCUGCUCUUAGUUUCCGGCCGAACGGGAGCGUGGAUGUGUUUCGCAGCCUUUCCCUCCUUCCCCCUCCUCUUACUUCCAUUCCUUUGUCUCUCCCUGCGUCCGCACUCCGUCAGCGUGUCCCCCCGCGUUUAAGCUCACAUCUCUGCGGGGUCAUUUCUCAAGGCUGUCGGAGGCGACGUCGAUCCUGGGAAGGUUCCACCGCCAAGUUCUCGAGUCGACCGAACCGCAGAAGGACCCGGCCGCUUUUUUUCCUCAACUCUGGGGAAAGCGGAAGAUGCGUUGACGUCCCCGUUUGCAUCCCCACCCGGUAAGACCGUCUCAGACAGAGGGCGACGAGCACACCUUUGAAGCCGUGGUCGCGCACUCUCGACGACGAGCGCCAUGUCUCGCUGGGGGCGCAAGAAUAAAAACGCGGAAGCGCCAGAGGCGGUGCGCACCGUCACCGAGGGCCUCAAGUUCCUGUACCGCACGAAGCUGCUGCCCCUGGAGAACUACUACAACUUCCACGACUUCCACUCGCCGAGCCUGGAGGACGCCGACUUUGACAACAAGCCCAUGGUGCUGGUUGUGGGCCAGUACUCCACCGGAAAGACCACCUUCAUCAGGUACCUGCUGGAGCAAGACUACCCAGGGAGCCGCGUGGGUCCGGAACCCACCACCGACUCCUUCACGGCCAUCAUGCACGGCGAUGUGGAGGGCGUCAUUCCUGGAAACGCCCUCAUCGUGGACCCCAACAAGCCCUUCCGCAAACUCAACCCGUUCGGCAACACCUUCCUCAACAGGUUCCAAUGCGCUCAGAUGCCCAACAAAGUGCUGGAGAGCAUCAGCAUCAUCGACACGCCAGGAAUUCUGUCUGGGGCCAAGCAGAGAGUGUGUCGAGGGUACGACUUCCCGGCGGUGCUGCGCUGGUUCGCCGAGCGAGUCGACCGCAUCAUCCUCUUGUUCGACGCCCACAAGCUCGAGAUAUCGGACGAGUUCUCGCAGGCCAUCGAGGCGCUGCGCGGCAACGAGGACAAGCUGCGCGUCGUGCUCAACAAGGCCGACAUGGUGGGCACCCAGCAGCUGAUGCGCGUCUACGGCGCCCUCAUGUGGUCGCUCGGCAAGGCGUUUGGCACCCCCGAGGUGCUCCGCGUGUACAUCGGCUCUUUCUGGUCGGAGCCGCUCAUGAUAACGGACAACCGGCGCCUCUUUGAGCUGGAGGAGGAAGAUCUGUUUGCAGACAUACAAAACCUGCCGCGGAACUCGGCCCUGCGCAAGCUCAACGACCUGGUGAAGAGGGCGCGGCUGGUGAAGGUCCACGCCCACAUUAUGAGCUAUCUGAAGCAGGAGAUGCCCUCCGUGUUUGGGAAGGAAAACAAGAAGAAGAAUCUGAUCUACCAGCUGCCUGUCAUCUUCUCCAAGAUCCAGCUGCAGCACAACAUCUCGGCGGGAGAUUUCCCCGACUGCGCGAAGAUGCAGGAGCAGCUCGUGGUCCACGACUUCAGCAAGUUCAAGGCCCUGAAGCCCACCCUCAUGGCUGCGCUGGACGAGCUGCUCUCCACGGACAUCGCCAAGCUGAUGCCCCUGCUGCGCCAGGAGGAGCUGGAGGGCGGCGGGACCCCGGGCGUGCAGGGCGGGGUCUUCCUGGGCACCCGCGCCGGACCCUUCCAAGAGGGCGACCCGUUCGCCAACAUGCGGGAGGACGGCGAGGACGACGAGGCCGCCGAGUCCGCCGCCGCCGACGACGACGAGUGGGUGGUCACCAAGGACAAGCCCAAGUACGACGAGAUCUUCUACAACCUCUCGCCCUGCGAGGGCAAGCUGAGCGGCACCAAGGCCAAGGACUGGAUGGUGAGCACGCGCCUGCCCAACUCGGUGCUCGGCCGCAUCUGGAAGCUGUCGGACGUGGACCGCGACGGCAUGCUGGACGCCGACGAGUUCGCGCUGGCCAGCCACCUCAUCGAGGUCAAGCUGGAGGGUCACGGGCUGCCCCAGGAGCUGCCGGCCCGCCUCGUACCCCCGUCCAAGCGGCGUCACAAGGGCUCGGACGCCUAGACGGCUCCGCCCGCGCCCUUCUGCUGAGCCCCCGGCGCAUUCGGUCGCCGCCGCCACCACCCCCACCCCUGUUUUCCCUCCAUUUCUUCUCGCAGAGCCCUUGAGCACACCGACGUCCCACCUGCGCCGUGUGUCGCGUGUUCCCGUGCCGUCGAGGGCAGCGCCGCACACGCCGAACACACCGUCACACGCAACACGUGACCUGUACGACACCCAGUGAGUACGAGCGUAAUGUCCUAACGGCGGGCGGCAGGGGGCGCAGCGGGUAGAGGUGCUGCCUCGCACCCGCGGUACCCAGGUUCAAAUUCCACCUCCUGCUGUGUCAAUGGGUAAAUCGAUGUAAGUAGCUCAGCUUUGGAUAAAAAAUAAAUGUAAAGUAAAUGUGGACGUCGACGCUCCGGGUCAAGACGAUCCACCCCGAUCGUUCCGGCAAAGCGUCCACCUCUCUGCGCGAGCGCUGAACCGUAACCGCGUGCCGAGCGCGGCCUUAAUUACCGUGUUGUGAUACCGCUAAGGUGAAUUCCCAUGAGCCCUUGUGUGCCGAGUGUCGACCGUUUCGUGGCCCCCUGUGCACCAGACCCCGCAGCACAGGCGUUUACGGUCACGUGCCCCACCCCCUUCCUCAUUAACAACACGUGUUCCAUUUUUUCAGUUUUUGCAUCCCUUUUCUUGCAUGUUUCUUCCUAAGAAAAAGCGUUUACAAUAGUUAAAGUUCACGCACUCAGAGAAACUCAUGGCUGGAGAGAAUGUGCGGCUCCAGCAACGGCGGAACAUCGCUGCAGGUGCUGCGUAGCAGGUGGUUCGACCGUGUGCUCAUGUAACGCGUACCGUUCAAUAAAAGAUGU